AAACCUUCCUGAUCAACGAUAGUCGUUCCUUCCGGCUCCGGUCCAUAAUCAAGUGGAAAGAUGCUGAUGCCCAAGAAGAACCGCAUUGCUAUCUAUGAGCUCCUCUUCAAGGAGGGAGUCAUGGUGGCCAAGAAAGAUGUCCACCUGGCCAAGCAUCCCGAGCUUGCUGACAAGAAUGUGCCCAAUCUUCAUGUGAUGAAAGCGAUGCAGUCUCUGAAGUCCUGUGGGUAUGUCAAGGAGCAAUUUGCCUGGCGCCAUUUUUACUGGUACCUCACCAAUGAAGGUAUUCAGUACCUGAGAGACUUCCUCCACCUGCCCCCUGAGAUCGUGCCCGCCACCCUGCGCCGCCAGACCCGCCCUGAGACCGCAAGGCCCAGGCCCAAGGGAAUGGAAGAGAGACCCGCCCGCCUUAACCGUGGUGGAGAGGCUGACAGAGAUGCAUACAGGCGAUCUGCUGCUCCCCCUGGUGCUGACAAGAAAGCAGAGGCCGGUGCUGGAGCUGCAACCGAGUUCCAGUUUAGAGGUGGCUUCGGACGCGGCAGAGGACAGCAGCCUCAGUAAAUUUCACUCGCUCUUUCUGUACAAUAAAGAAAAUCAAAAUACA